AUGAACUCAAGCCUUCCAGGACUGGUUGAGGCGGUGACCCUGUGUUUCGAGUCUCUGAACGGAUCAUGCCCACGGGUGGUUUACUCCUCAGCCUUGCGCGUUCCCCUGUACCUUCUCUUUGCUCUGAUAGUUCUCCUGAUAGUGAGUGGAAACCUGUUGGUUAUCUGCAUCAUAGUGUUCUCCCAGCACAUGCAGACGGCCACUAAUUACCUCAUCCUCUCCCUGUCCAUAGCCGGGCUUCUCCUGGGUGGACUCGUGAUGCCGCCCAGCAUGGUGCGCUCUCUGGAGACCUGCUGGUACUUUGGUGAAUUCUUCUGUGAAUUCCACUCCACCGCUGACAUUAUCCUGUGCAAUACCACAGUGUGGCACCUCACAUUCAUUUCCAUUGACCGCUACCUGGCCAUAUGCCAUCCAAUGCACUACCAGAACAGAGUGUCCAACAGGCUCUGCUUUGCCAUGGUAGUGUCCAGUUGGUUUCUCUCCUCAAUUUUUGGCUUUGCCAUCACACUUUCACAUCCAGACGUUAAAACCAAGGACAGUUCACACAAGCCUUGUGCUGGGGGAUGUUUCGCUCUGCAUGCCAAAGAAAUCGGGGUGGAAUAUUCAAUUGUUUUCUUUUUCAUACCUGUGUCUAUAAUAGUCACCGUUUACACUAGGAUUUUUUUUGUAGCACAAAGACAUGCCAAGGUCAUUCAUAGUUAUACCCAUAACCCCAGAGGCUAUGCAUCACCAGCUGCUAAAGAUCUAAAAGCCACUAAGACACUUGCUAUAGUCAUUGGAAAUUUUCUUUUCUGCUGGACCCCAUUUUUCAUGUGCAAUAUUAUAGACCCUAUAGUAAACCAUUCAAUACCAUCACUUUUGUAUGAAGUGCUGAUGUGGUUUGCUUACAUGAACUCAAUGUUUAAUCCCUUAAUAUAUGCCUUUUUUUACAGCUGGUUCAGAGAAACCACUAAGGUUUUAUUGAACAACCUAUUCAAGCAGUAA